AUGGCCGAAAUCAUUGGGGUGAUCGGCAGCACGAUCGCAAUUGCAAACAGUGCUGCCCAGCUGUCUAGAGCGCUCUUCGAUAUCGUUCAGACUUUCAAAAAUGCUCGAGAAGAGAUUGCCGACAUUGCCCAUCAAUUACAGAUUCUGGGAGGAACCCUCCAUUCGCUCUGGAACAUUAUGCACUCACAACACAACCUUUGCCAGCCGGUCCUGUUCGACAACACGAAUGCGAUUCUUCACCAGUACUGCAAAGUGGACAAAGAAUUGAGAAAGUUGAUUGACGGUCCGAAAAGCUUAGCAAGGCUGACGUGGUACAUCAAAAAGACCAAGGUGAAGUCGUUGCUGAAGAGGGUUGAGGCCAUCAAGAUCUCUUUGGCCUUGGAGCUCACCGUGGUGCAAUUUGCCAGAGAGGAGGUGAUUCGUCAAGAGGGCACUUUCGACACUGCCACUUGGCUCUAUCAUCUUGUCUUCACCUCACAGGCGGCCGAAGUCCCGAAGAAAGUGCCGAGAAAGGACGUUCAUCGACUACAACCAAGUGUCGUUGACGAGAGCACCGAGAACCUAGUCCGCUUCACACGCUCGCCCCUUCAGUAUAGUCCUCGGUCGCCGCCACCACCACCAUCACCAAGCACAGGUGAUGCGGACAAAACUAUGAUUGUCUGGACUGCACAGACAGAGCCCAAUCAGGUCAUUGACAGACUUCUCUCGACAUGGACAACGCUCACACAUGAGCAAAUCGGACUGAGCUCCAGGCAACAUGUGGAUAACAAGUGGCGUAAAGAUUUCCUCAACACCAUUGAGCAGGCGAAGCAUGAGGGGGAAUCAGACUUCAAUAAGUGGGAAGAAGACAACCCCUAUAGUUCUGAAGAAAGUGAUAGCAUCGAAAGCGCCAUCGAUGAGAUCCCGGGGCCCCACCGUCACCGAACGCGUGUGCCUGACGUGGUUAUCCGCAACAAUCGCGUUUCGAACACUUCCUAUGACGAGUCUACCGCAACUUCCAAAAGUGACGAUGAAGAAGAGGAGGAUCCUGUACCAACAUACGUGUCUACCAACUCGAAGAAAGGAAAUAAGAAGGGCGGGGAAAGUCGCAAUCUGAAGCAAAGCAAGAGUCACAAGAAAACGAACACCAACCAUACGCGGAGCGACCGCGCACAUACGGCGGCGGGACGAACGAAUCCGUUUGUGAACAACGUCUCAAUGCCAAGGUCGGAUAGCUUGAACCCUUUCACGUUGGGUGGCUUCCAAAAUCCAUACGAGUCACAAGCGAGCCGAAACCCUUUCGUAUCGGGCAACUUCCCCUCAACGACGUUUCCAAGCGACCCACCAUGGCCGCCUCAAGCACCAUUGCAUGAGGACACGAUGGCGCAUCCCUCAUCCACUGCCUCUUUGAAGAAUGCCAAGGAGCAGAAAGAUUCGCAGGAUACCACAACGACCUCCAAAGAAGAUGCUAUGCUGGCAACAAUCAGCCGUUUGAUCGCAGACUCGGGCAAAUCGAAAACAUCCAACAUAGAAGACCCUCGUCUUGCAAAUAUACUGCAAAUGCUCAUAUUGCAGCAGGAACAACAUGCUGAAGUGGAGCUGGAAAGAGCCAAAGCAACAGCUGAAGUGGAGAUGAGGCAAAUCUUAGCAGCUCGCGAUAGAGACGACUCAAGAAUUCGACAGCUAGAGGCACUCAUUAUUCAACAGAAAGAGGAACAGGAAAAGUCUGAUGCAAGGUGGAGAGCCGAAAGAGCAGCACUCGACGAAGAGUCUACAAGACAAGCACAAGAAACGAAGGAACUAGCUGAGCGAGAAAUAGCAGCAGCACGCUCUGCCAAGAAAGCUGCACGCAAGGCACUCAAAUUUGCGCAAGCGGAGGCAGAGAAGCGAGCAAAGGAAGAAGCCGACGCGAAAGCAAAAGCCGAAAGAAAGAAGACGAACAAACAGUCCAAAGAACGUAUACAAAAGUACGAAAAGCUCUUAGAUGCAGCAGUAGAGGGCCGUGCCGCGGCAUUUCAGAGCAUGGAACAACCCCUCCGUCGAACUUGCAUCACGGACGGUAAGCGCAGCGUGGAAGUUGCUGAGUAUAGCUCAAAACCGCACGCGAACUCAAGUAUACUUACUCCUGGGUUUAUUCAAGACGCUGUGUACGGCGCAAGAACAGACAAUCGUCUGGACCACGGCCGCCAACGCAUGGGGCAGCGCUGGCUUAGCCAGUCGUAUAGCUCCGUUACUUCACAACCCAACUCACGGCUCGUCCCACUAGAGAUGAAAGAUACUACCGAGACACAGCACGACAUCAAUCAGCAGAUGAUCCUAUUCCCCGCUAGGCUCAACAAAAGCUCGGCGAAAACUACAGAAUUACAAUCAUCACUUGCCAAAAUUGGCGUCAACACUAGCUUUGUGGAGAAUGAGUUUAACCAUUUCGAAGCUUCUUCUUACAUGGAAGAUACAAGCAAUGAGGGAGUACGAAGUAGCGUUUUCUGGGAGGGACCAUCGUCAAGCUUAGGCAGCGAGCUCUUGUCCACAUACAGAAGAUUUGGAUGGAAGCCACCUUAUGCUCGAACAUCAAGUGAGCUAAGCGUAUAG